AUGUCGGGAGCUAUCUUUGCGCCCCUGGAGGGCCCGGGCGCCCUGGACGCGGCGAGCGGCCCCCCGCUCGUGUGCCCGCUGUGCCGCGCGCAGUACGAGCACCCCUGCCUGCUGGACUGCUUCCACGACUUCUGCGCCGGCUGCCUGCGCGGCCGCACCGCCGACGGCCGCCUCGCCUGCCCGCUGUGCCAACACCAGACGGUGGUGAAGGGCCCCAGCGGGCUGCCUCCGGUGGAUCGGCUGUUGCAGUUCCUGGUGGACAGCUCAGGGGAUGGUAUGGACGUGGUGCGCUGUGCCAACUGCGACCAGGAGUGCGGCAAGCAGGACGCAGAGACCACGUACUUCUGCAACACGUGCGGGCAGCCGCUGUGCGCGCGCUGCCGCGAUGAGACGCACCGGGCACGCAUGUUCGCGCGCCACGACAUCGUGGCCUUGGGCCAGCGCAGCCGCGACGUGCUCCAGAAGUGCACACUGCACGCCGAGCCCUACAUCAUGUUCUCCACCGACAAGAAGUCGCUGCUGUGCAUCCGCUGCUUCCGGGACAUGCAGGGGGAGAGCCGGGCUCACUGCGUGGACCUCGAGUCGGCGUACGUGCAAGGCUGCGAGCGGCUGCAGCAGGCGAUGCUGGCGGUGAAGGCCCUGCAGACCGCCACAGGGGAGGCCAUCGCACUGCUGCAGGCGAUGGUGGACGAGGUGCGACGCAGCGCGGCGGAUGAGGAGGCUGCCAUCCACGCCCUCUUCGGCAGCAUGCAGGACAAACUGGCAGAGAGGAAAGCGCUGCUGCUGCAGGCUGUGCAGAGCCAGUAUGAAGAAAAGGACAAGGCCUUCAAGGAGCAGCUCUCCCAUUUGGCUACUCUGCUGCCCACCCUCCAGGUCCACCUGGCCAUCUGCUCUUCCUUUCUCAGCUUGGCCAACAAGGCUGAGUUCCUGGACCUGGGCUAUGAGCUGGUGGAGAGGCUGCAGGGCAUCGUCACGCGGCCACAUCGCCUACGGCCCGCACAGAGCAGCAAGAUCGCCAGCGACCACCGCGCCGAGUUCGCGCGCUGCCUGGAGCCGCUGCUGCUGCUGGGACCGCGCCGGGCGGCGGGUGCCGGGGGCGGUACCAGCACGCUAGCAGGGGGCUCGGGCCCCAAGGUGCUGAUGGGGCCCAGCUGCCCCUCCCCCGUGGGAAAGAUGUUGGGGUCACCGGUCCAAAAGCCCACGCUGCACCGGUCCAUCAGCACCAAGGUGCUGCUGGCGGAGGGCGACGAUUCACCCUUCACGGAACACUGCCGCCAUUUUGAGAACUCCUACCGGCGCCUGCAGGCAGAGAUGCAGAACCUGAAGGACCAGGUACAGGAGCUGCACCGGGACCUCACCAAGCACCACUCGCUCAUCAAGGCCGAGAUCAUGGGUGACAUCCUGCACAAGUCCCUGCAGGUGGACACACAGAUCGCCUUGGAGUAUGCUUCCGUGGAGGGCAUGAGAGCAGUCUUCCAGGAGAUUUGGGAGGAAUCCUACCAGCGCGUGGCUAACGAGCAGGAGAUCUAUGAAGCCCAGCUCCAUGACCUUCUCCAGCUGAAGCAGGAGAAUGCCUACCUGACCACCAUCACCAAGCAGAUCACGCCCUACGUCCGCUCCAUUGCCAAGGUGAAGGAGUGGCUAGAGCCCAGGUUUCAGGCCCCUGUGGAUGAACCGUCAGACCAUCUCCAAAACACGCAUGAUGAUGGCGUGAACGGCGAGGCCCAGGCCAGGAACGAUCCAGGGAGUGUCUCGGAGAGGAGAGAGAAGACCUCAGAGCCGAGAAACAGCCGGACCCUGAGCAGCCUCGCAGAAGAGCCUCCACUGAAAAAUAAAGAUGCUCACAGACCCAAAGCGAAAAACGGGGGUGACGUCCCCACAUGGAGAGAGCGCCCAGCUUAGCGUGGGACUGCUCCCGGAGGUCGGGCGUCUUACAACGUGCACAUCAACGCUGGGAUAUUUAAGAAAAGGCGGUUCCCAUCAUGCUUUUCUGUUUAAUGUGUAAUAAUCACGCAUCAGCAGAAAAACCCAGACACUCUCUGCCAGGUCCCAAUUUCAGGUUCUUUGGCUUGAGCCAGACUUCGUGUUGCCCCGAAUCUUGGUCCUCACCAAGGUGACUCGGGACGGCAUCCCAGUCGGCGUGGAAAACGUUACCUGAGUGAACGUCCAGCCGGAAGCCCCUCACUGCCCCUGCACCUCCCUGGUGUCUGUGUGCUCGUCCCGUGAGCGCCCGCUGUGGUGGGGUGUGCACCCGUCUGAAUUUCGGGUGAUGAGACCCGCCCACUGUGCAGCACCUGCCCUACCACAGAGGAAUCCGGCUCUGCCUGACGCACAGCCCCACUGUUCUCCGGGCGCCGCUGGAAAGUUCCCCCCGCUAAUCUGAGCGCUGACUCAGCAUAGGGGAGAAAACCCUUUGCUCCAGCUUUUCUCACUGUAGGGCCAGGGCUGAGCACAUAAAGCAACGCGAUAGCACCUGGUGGCCUGCGUGGCAGGAGAUGGCCUCCGUCACGACUUCCCCACCGCUGUCCCCGCCUGUCACUCUCCUGUG